AUGGUUAGAGGCAGUUUCCCUAAGCUCACUGCAGCACAGAUAGUGGAGGUGCUUAAGGACGACUUCGCUGUCAUAGUACCACCAAAGCUCAAGGCAUGCAUCCUAGCCCUACAACCAGAGGACCUUAGUGCAUGUCCUGCGGAGAUCCUACGCAUUACCUAUGAUGCCCUUCUCGUGGGUGCAUUAGAUCUCACGGAAGAUGAACUCAAUGUACCAGCCGAGUUCUUGGGGCAGAGGGCGGCUCAUGAGAGUACCACCCCUAUUAUGCUGAUGUCCCGUCAAGUGAAAUGGACUUAUACGUACCUCCUUAGGGCUUCAGAACAUAUUCGCUCUGUGUGCCCUCCGGUCGCCAUAUGUUCUGUGGUGUCCCCUUAUGAGGACACCAAGCGUACGAGGAUGCUCGUAUCGGCAUUGAUCAACUACAUAAGGUACAAGUACAUAGUUUUGGCCCAGCCCAAGAUCAGUAGUACAGAGCAGAUGAGAGCUGAUGAGGAGGAUGCGUUGGUAGAAGUCCAGGAGAAGGUCGAGCAUAGCAAACGUGCUCUACAGGAUGUCAAGGCCACACGCGAGAGGCUGAAGCCGAGCUUGACGAAGGCCAAGCAUGAUCGACAUGUGCUUGAUGAGGAACUAUGUGCGCUCGGAAAGGCUAAGGAGGCUCUUGUUACGUCCAUUGAAGAGCACGGGAGAGUGAAGGAAGAGCUGACUGUGGGGUCUAGUGAGAGAAGGCAGAUUAUUGAGGAGAAGAAGGAGGAGUUGCAGCAUGUGGCAGACUUAGUGGUAGAGAAUCCAGAGAGGGUUGUGGAGAAGCAUAAGAAGUCCGAAGAAAGGGAGGCCGCGCUACGAAGGACGUUGGACGAGAAGCAGGCGAAGCUGUCCAUGGCUAGAGAGAAGACGAGUGAUUGGAGGGAGACCAAUGGGAGGUUUGAGGGAUUGAUGAAGAAGGCUCGAGGAAUCAAGGCAGAUAAGGAGAAAAUGGAGAAG